GAACGAACGAGCGAGCGCUCCGGUGAGGAGGAGGAGGCUACCACCACCAGCCCAGGGGGGUAGCCGAUUCCCGGGAAGGAAUUUCUGCUGCCGUUCCACCAAUUCAAAGAAAUAAGGUGACGGUGGUGAAUGAAGACGAUAAAACAUGUCGCCCGCUCCCUCAGAAGAAGUCCCGUCGGGCCUGUGAGUGUCGCAGAUAAGCAACAUGGUGGUAGUUAUGGAGGUGAUCUCAUUUUUGGAGAAAUAUCCCAUCACCAAAGAAGCACUGGAGGAAACCCGUCUUGGCAAGCUCAUCAACGAUGUCCGGAAGCAAACCAAGAAUGAGGACCUUGCAAAAAGAGCCAAGAAGCUGCUGCGAACCUGGCAGAAGCUUAUUGAGCCCGGGAAGGGUGAGGUGUUGUCCAAAGAGCGAACAGGUGCAUCGUGGUCUUCCAGUGGUGGUGCUCAUCCCUGCAUCUCUGCCACAGCUGCCCCCACACCAUCAGGUAAAACAGGCCAAGAGUUGAAGAACAGAAAUGACUUCAACAACUGCUACUCCCCAAGGAUGGAAAAACCAGGAAACAGGAAACGUAAGGGUGAGCAGAAGGAGGGACAGCUCUUACCAGCCAAGAUAUCCAAAACGACUCUUGGUGAUAAAAUACAGAACCCCAAACAGCUGCCAACCAAUGGAAUUGGCAGCAGCUCUGAAAUUUUUACAGAUGCUCGUACACGUCAGCCUUUAGACAAAGAUAUUUCCGAGCCCUCAGACAAUGACAGGCUACAUAAAAUCCCUGUCAACGCUGUGAAACCUCAUCCAAGUGCCCUAGUAUACAGCAAACCUCUUAGCGCUUCUUCUUUGCUAAAAGCAUCAGUUCUGCAGCAGCAAGCCAGACAGGAGCAAUUUGCCUCUGGGGGGCAGCAUCGACCCAAAAGCCCCCGCUUUUCAUUGCACAGUCCUCAACCAAAGCAGGAAGCUGUUGUCAAACAAAUCACACAAGCACAGAGUGGGGCUAAUCUCUCUAGCCCCUCUGUGAGGACUGGGUCUGUGGACACCUUUGGGUUGGGGCCUUCUCCUCAGCCUUCAAAUGUUUGCGUUCAGGGUUUGCACACUGAUGGUUCGUUGUCUGCAGAUUUGGACUUUCAAGGCAGGCCUCCCAACACAUCUCUUCACAGCUCAACCCCCUCCUCCUUCAGUGACGGGGUCAGUUUUGAAGAUGAUGGUGCUUUUGGCAUUACAGGGAAAAGGAAAAGACAGAAAUACAGGCCUAAAGACUGUGCCGUGAAUUUAGAUGGACAGACUUUGGGAGACAGCACUAAACCAGUCAGGUUAAAAGACAGAAGACUGACAUUUGACCCCGUAACGGGGCAGAUCAAGCCCUCCUUCCAUAAGGAACCUUGCCAGGAGAAGGAGGCCAGUCUGGGGCACAUACCUGAACCUCAGUGGCCGGAACAGCCGAAGCAGAAUCCCCCAAUUGCUCCCAGUCCCUUCCAGCAGACUGACUGGAAAGAGCUGUCAAGGAGCGAUAUCAUCCAAUCGUACCUUAGCCAACAAAGCAAUGUUCUGACGUCGUCAGGCACCCACACUCCCGGUGCACACUUUUUCAUGUCAGAGUUCUUGAAAAAAGAGGAACACAGAAGCAACGACGCCAAGGAAACUCACAGGGUGGCACCAGAACAACCGGCCAAGGAUUUACCAGGAGUUAGCCGAGAGAUCAACGACGAAGACCUCUGCAGAUUGCACGCACAACACUGGUCCGGGGUUAACGGCUGCUAUGACACAAAGGGUAACUGGUAUGACUGGACGGAGUGCAUGUCCUUAGACCCGCAUGGGGAUGAAAACAGGUUGAACAUACUGCCAUACGUCUGUCUGGAUUGAAACCGAGGUCCGGUUUGUGACCUUACCAUACAGGGUUGCAGCUAUGGAUGUGUGAAGGCACUCCUGUAAGUGGAAGCUGCUGUUUUGCACUGUUGAUUAAUUUAAUUAAAUAUGCUGCCUGCUUGCGUGUGUGUGUUGGAGAACCGGAGAUGUAAUCAGAGUUUGUGAAAAUUGUUUGAGGACGGCACUAAGAAAAAAAGGCUGUGCAUCGUCAUCUGCCCAUAUGGUUUCUGGAGUUCUGUACAUAAUAAGUCAAAACCUGCCGUUCUCCGUGUGGGAGAGGAGAAACAGGAACAAAACAACAGAGCUACAUUUUUAUUUGUCUCAUGUCAAUCCACACGCCUCGUGCAAUGUGAUAAUUUUAUUUAUCACAUUUAGUUCAUUUAAAAGUUCUUUUUUAAGUAAAACGACUGUGACAUGGCGAGAUACAUAAUUGGAGGAGAUAUUUAACAAAUACACCCUAUAAUGAGGUUUUUGUUUGCACUUCCUCGUGUGUCUUGAACAAGGCUUUUCAGCUGUUCAAGACACAAACUCCUUUUCCCCAUUGUGUCUUUAUGAUGCAAUUUUUUUUAGCAGAAAGAAAAGCUGAAAAACCCCUCAGUUUUAAAACAUUUUCUUAUUUUGAAUGCUGUUCAAAAAGGUGAGAACAAAACAAACAGGAGAAAUGUGGCUGUCAUGCACAAUACUGAUUUUAAAUUUACAUUACAUUUUCAUUUCAAUUUGAUCAGUGAUGCAGCAAUGACAUUCCAGGCUUUCCUACUGCUAUGUUACACAGGUAAACUCUAAAAUGACUUUUGAAUUUUGAUAAUGCAAACUCAUUUUAUUUUAUACUUGGCUUUUCCCUUUACUGUAUAGGUUGUAAAAUAUGUAUUGAAAUGGCAGAGCAGCUCAUGCUACAAGCUUGCGUCUUUGUACUGUCAGGAAGAACUGAAGAUAAAUUGAUAUGCUGGAUAAAGUACUUAAGAUCAUUCCUUUGUAGAUAUUGUUUGCCUUAUGGAAAUCUUGUUUUCCCUAAAGACAGAGCCUUAGUGAAUGUACAGAAAUUAGCCUUUUGUGUUCAGUCGAAUGCAGAAGAGAACAUAUUUGCUACUUAGUCCUAUAAGUGGACAUGUGGAUAUGUGUUAAUAAAAAAAUAAUGAACUGUGA